UAUUAUACGUUCUCUGACGGACGUGCAGAAGUAGGCUUAUCAUUUUGCCAAUACGGCAAAAAAGAAACACUUUAGAUUUAUUAAAUAAUUAUGAUGAAUGUGGUUUAGAAUAUUCAUCAAAAACUGUGUACAAAAAGAGUUUUUUUUAUUGAAUAUCCCAACGCAAAUUAACGGUCAACAAUGGUCACUAAAGAAGGGAGAUCUAGUGCAGAAUCCAAUGAAGUUACCGAAGAGAGUAAAAUUUCGGACACAGGAAACGGAAAAGCUUUACUUACAAGGCAGAACGCUUCUCCUGGAUACUGGCUAUGUGUUUUACUACCAAUUGCUUUUAUUUCAAAUUUCGUGCAUGGAAAGAGAUGUUCGGAAUUGGAUUCAACGCAACCUAUUCUUGCAAUCGCUGCAAUCGGAAUGAGUAUAGAAAAUUUUUGCCUUUUCGGUUUUAUCUUUCGCAAAACAGAUUUACCGCGAAAAAUAUUGAUUGCGUUUGUACCUGGGCUAUUUACUACAUUACUCUAUAAGAUCCUGUUACAACAGUUUUGGAAAUACUCAUUACUUUUGGGUUUUGCUACUACCUUCUGUUAUCAAAAUACAUACAUACGUAUUUUGCGUGGCCUUCCCGGCUGCUUUAGUUAUGGAGAGGCAGCUGUGCUCAUACAAGGCCUUAUUUUGUUUCUCUUAAAUGUAAUUUUAAAAAUUCCCGAUAUUUUAUCACAGAAUAAAAACCGCAGUGAUUUUGCAGAAUUAAAUGUCAUAAUGAUGGUCGCUCUAACCCAUUUGCUUGGAGUUUGCUGGUUAUUAGCUGUUGCCAAAAUCUUCCGAAAGCCUUCCUUUUUCUAUACUUUGAUGUUCUUACUGUUAAUAGCUGUAACAUGUGUCCCAGUUACAAAUCCAAUUCCCAUAAUAGUCAUGGUAAACUUCAUAUUGAAAGACAAAGUUAGGCUGAAAAUAAUUUGCUUAUACAUGAUAUUGGUGGUUUUAACUGUUUUGACAGUGUGGUGGCAAAGCGGCAUUGAAGAGAAAGCAUCUACAAGGGUUCGGAAAAUAUUUCACAUUUUUAUAGCACUAGUUUAUGUGCCUGGAAUAAUUUAUCAAUGUAGCUUUCUUUACAUCGCUACCGGAGUAGCGUUUUCAAUAUUCACAGUAAUAGAAUUAAUCCGAAUUUGUAACAUACCUCCAUUAGCACUUGCAACCCGAAAAGCAUUUGCAACAUUUUCCGAUGAGAAAGAUUCAGGACUUCUCGCUUUAACACCAUUUUGUUUACUUAUUGGGUGCUCAAUACCGAUUUGGAUAAGCCCUUGUCCUUGUGGCGAUACCAUUUAUACGAAAGAUAUUCCGCGAAUUCUUCCACUUUUAUCAGGAAUUCUGACAAUUGGAUUCGGCGACACAGCCGCUAGUGUGAUAGGAUCAAAAUUUGGACGUAUUAAGUGGCGUGGUUCAAAAAAGUCUCUGGAAGGCACUUUAUCAUAUAUAGCGGUGAUAAUGUUGGCUAUUAUGUCCUUAAACUACUUGGGCUUUGUCAUCAUGACGCCUUUGAAAUGGUGUAUUGCAGUUAUGGCAGUAUUGACAACAUCUUUGGUUGAAGCACAUACGGAUCAAAUUGAUAACCUAACUUUACCCAUAAUAUUUUAUACAAUUAUGAAUAUAAGUUGAAUUUUGAAUAUUUUUUUUCAAAUAAUUACGUGACUGAUAUACAUACGUAUAUUUGCUUUCCAUUUAGAAUUUUAUACAAUAAAAAACUUGUUUAUAAAUGAAUAGAGUAAUUAUGGUUGCCUUUUUGAUAUGUUCUAAAUGAUUACAAAGAACCCGCAGUCACUCGUAAAAUAGGCUUAUAAAAUGUUAUGCUGAUAUCAAAAGCUUGCUCCGGUUGUCAACUUCCAUAAAGCAAAAGACAAAGAAGAAAACUACUUGAUUUCACCCGAAAGCGAAACUACUUGAAUUUCUAUAUUCAUUUGUUUAUAUAAGCACGCGAACAAAAUGCGAAUGUGUAAUCGGGGAAUGUCAACCCAUUAAUGUUUAUUGGUAUGCGCUGCAAAUGUAUCAAUCGAAAUAAUAAAAUCCAUCAGCCAGAAUCAUAAAUAGUGGGCAAUUAGGACUUGGUAUUUCCGAAACAAAACAAAACACCAACAUUUAGCCUAAAAAGCUCGCAAAAAGCCAGCUUACAACAUAUAAUGUAUAUUUUAUUUUUUAAUUUCCACAUAAACUA